AUGCUCAGCAAAACCAUCUUCACGGCCCUUUUGGGCCUUGCUUCCCUGGCCACUGCAACCAAGAACUGUCCUAUUGCUGAUGUUUCCGCAAUUGCUCAUACUGGCACCCCGGUCGGCAAGGAGGUGACCUACAAUGGGCUGAAACUCUAUGUCUCCAAGCCGAAGGGCAAUGCGCAGACCAAGAAGAACGCCACCGGUGUUCUCUAUAUCACCGACGUUUUUGGCGUCCAGCUUGCGCAAAACAAGCUGCUUGCUGACAGCUUUGCCCGCGCCGGCUUCGUUACCGUUGCGCCCGACCUGUUCGACGGCAAGCCUGCGCCCGAGGAUAUCAACGUCCCGGGCUUCAACACCACGGAAUUUCUCGCACAGCACGGCACUAAUGUAACGGAUCCCAUCGUAGCAAACGCUAUCCAAUACCUGCGCAAAGAGCUCGGCGUGGCCAAAGUCGCCGCCACGGGAUACUGCUUCGGUGGUCGCUACGCCUUCCGUGAGCUCGCGGAGGGCAAGGGAGCCGAUGUUGCAUUCGCCGCGCACCCUAGCUUGCUCACUGACGACGAGAUCAAAGCCAUCACUCGUCCUGCUAGUGUCGCUGCUGCCGAAACCGACAACCUCAUGUCCCCCGCCCGCCGAGCCGAGGUCGAGGCUCUUCUGAGUCAGACCGGUCAGCCAUUCUCCCUUAGUCUGUAUGGUGGUACCUCUCACGGCUUCGGUGUUCGCGCGAACAUUUCGAACCCAAGAGAGAAGUUUGGCAAGGAGGAGGCUUUCUUCCAAGCUGUUCGCUUCUUCAACACUUGGGCUUAG